AUGAUUGGUAACUUGAAACCCCCAGGGGGUAUAGCUGUGUACGAGGUGGCUGUAAAUACGCAAGAAUUUAACUUGACACAGGCUCAGCUUUGCCGGGAGGUCGACCAGGCUCGGUGGCUGCGUCAACAGUCUUGGUGCAUUGCGGUGAUGGUGGUGAGUGACGACGCAGCCUUCCUCGCGGCCUUCGCUGAGUGCUCCUUUCAGGGUCGUCUCUUGGUGUGGUCGAAUAGGCUCCUCGCUCUCACCCGCCUGUCCCUCCCGCAGCUGCACCAACUCCAUGGGACUUUCUCACAGACAAAUUCUGUAUUGCUUCUCGUGAAAGACGUCGCAAGACAUUUGCAGUGUAAUAUGUAUAUACACCUUCCAUAUACACCGGGAGAUACUCAGGCAUUACAAGUUGCUUCCUGGACGAAAAAGCGAGGCCUUGUUCUUACAUCCCAACUUCCUGUUUUCCCUGACAAAUUCUACAGGUUCCUUUGGAAGCCGUUACUGGUGGUGGCGGCAGAGGAAUAUGAGCCUCACGUUUCUGUUGACAGCUACGAGACACCCCAGGGUACACAAGUCACCUUCUCUGGACCCAUGCUCAAACUCCUAGAAAUUUUUGCUCACAGCAUCAAUUUCUCUUACAGGAUGGUUCGGCCUCCUGACGGCGCCUGGGGAGCUAAACUACGCGACGGGACCUGGAUAGGCAUGGUGGGAAUGGUCUACAGAAAGGAGAUCGAUUUUGGUCUGGGUCCGUUUGGCGUCACCGCUGUUCGUUUUCAAGUGGUGGACUACACGAGGCCAAUAGUGAUUGACUAUGGCAGGAUCAUGGGAGGUCGAGGCCGGCCAGAGAUAGACCCUUGGGGCUUCGUUUUGCCCCUGGCACCGCUAGUGUGGGUUGCCACCUUGGCGGCGCUGCUCCUACUGCUCAACAUACUACUCCUUCUAUCAAAAUGUUCCUCUUACAUGCAUAUCAGCUCAGAGAAAACGACCUCUUAUAGUGCUCUAGACUACCUACGUGUGUUAUUACAACAAGAUGUCUUAGUCGAGAAAGGAAGCUGGUGGCAAAGGAUGUUGCUGGCUGGCUGGUUGGUGACGACACUGGUGUUAACACGGAGCUACUCUGGUAACCUCAUGUCCCUCUUAGCUGUGAGACACAUCCCUGAGCCCUAUCACACACUCCAGGACGCUGUGGAUGACCCUUCAGUAGCACUGAUCUGGGAGGCAGAGUCAGCGUAUGUUCAGACAUUUCGAAGCGCGACGUCUGGCAUAUACAAAGCUGUGGCCGACUUGGAGAAGAAAGGACGGAAUGUAUAUCAAAAGAGCACAGUGUUUCCUGAGAGUGUGGACAAACUGAUCAGGCGAGGCGAUCAUGUCCUCAUCUUGGAGGAGCUCACUGAGGAAGUUUUCAUCGCUCAAGACUUCUCAGUCACAGAACGCUGCGAUUUUUACUUAUCUAAAGAGAGGGUGUUACCUCUGAUGUUUGCCAUGGUAGGACGCAAGAACAGUCCUCUGGUGCCGGUGUUAAGCAACAGGAUCAAGUCAGUGAAAGAAGCUGGUUUGUACGACUUCUGGAUGAAAACCAGUGUUCCCAACUCCACCUCCUGUGCUCACACCUCUACCAAGACAACUGUCAAUACCUCGCUCUCUCUUACUAAUCUCUCGGGAAUGUUCGUGCUCCUGGUCGCUGGCUAUGGUCUCGCUCUCCUGGUCUUAGGUCUUGAAGCAAUGGCUGACUGGAGGAAAAUAUUUUGA